CAAGCCCAGUCUUAAAUGCCGCUGAAAGAGCAGCUGCUCCUUUUCACUUGAGACCUUCAGUGGAAAAAAAGGAGAAAGAGUCUGCGCAACUGCUGGCAAUGACUUCAAACGUACUGGUUCAGAAUAUGGCUUUCAAGCCUGGUCAAGUAAUGAAGAUUAAAGGAACUGUUGCUGAGGAGACUUGCAGCUUUGCUUUCAAUCUGGGAAAAGAUAGCCAGGAAUAUUCCUUACACUUUAAUCCACGGUUUGAUGAACAUGGAGACUCCCAGACCAUUGUGUGCAACUCAAUGUCCAGUGGAGCCUGGGGUGAAGAACACCGGGACAGUGAAUUCCCUUUUGAACUGGGCAAGGAGACCAAGGUAUUCAUCAGUUACCAAAAUGACGCCUUUGAGAUCAAACUCCCCAAUGACCACGUCGUCAAGUUUCCCAAUCGCUUUGGCGACCAAACAUUGAAUUACCUGGCCGUGGAUGGCGGUUUCAAGUUGAUCUCCUUCAAGGUCCUGUGAGGAGGAUGGCAGUGUGUCUUCAUCUUGAAAAGAGAAGCACUUGUAUGCAUAGGUGAAGUAGGAAUGGCCAAGUUAGUGCCUUACAGAUGUGGCCACCUGCUCUUGUUGAAAUGCCAAUGAAUCUCUUUGAAAAGUCCCUUCAGGAUAGCUUAAUGAAGACUUUACUCCUUUCCCCUUGCUCUAGUAAAGCUAACAGUUCCCAAAGAGAUGGAUCUUUGCAGUAAGAGUUGUUGGAAGCAAUGCAAUUAAUAAAAAUUGACAUUCAAA